AUGGAUCUUCAAGGACCAUUUGACCUAUCCAUCACCGGCUAUUGCUACGCACUCACUGUCGUUGAUGACUACAGUCGCAAGGGAUGGAAGGCUUUCCUGAAGGUCAAAAGCGAUGCGACUUCAGAGAUCAAGGAUUUGAUCACACGCCUCGAGACGUUCUCUGACAAGAAAGUCAAGAUUGUUCGAUCCGAUGGUGGUGGCGAAUUUAUAGGCAACGACCUCGAGACAUAUUUCAAAUCAAAGAGGAUCAAACACGAGACUUCCACUUCACACGCUCCACCACAGAACGGUGUAGCCGAGUGCUAUAAUCAGACGACACAUGAGCACGCCCUCUGCAUGUUGCAAGAAGCGAACAUGAGCUCGGCUUAUUCACACCUCGCCAAGCUGUCUGCACUGCGCCGCUCUCCUUCCAUACCUGAUCUCUUAGGUACACGCUCGAGAUCGCGCCUUUCGCACCUCGUCGUCCCGCCUCCCACGGAUGUCGAGUAUAAUGACAAUCAGCAUACUGCCUCUGCCCUGUCGUCUCUCACACUCACUCCACUUUCUGAGCUCUUGGACCUUCUAGCCAAUGCCCUCAAGGAAGAUCCUUCCCCAAGCAUUCCGUCCCCUCAUGAGUCGCUGCAGGACCCUUCCGGUUCACAGUCUCACACACAACAACUGCCGAAUACCGGUUCUCAACUUGACGCUGAUCUCAUAACACCCUCUGCCAUUUCAACCCCAAUAUCAUCAGCUCCACGCUUGACGAUUGAUCAUCAGCAUACCGAAUCUAACUCCUUGGACUCAUCUGCAGAUCUCCCUGCAUAUACCCACCCCAUCCAAUCCAAGAUGGACUCCACGAAGAUGGGUCGCCCGAUAGCAUCUGUUACGCAGCACUCUAUCAAGCAAGCCCUCACCAUCUCCACGGGGAAACUCACUCCCUCUGUCUUACUCCAAUGGGAGUCCACUUGCAUCCAAUAUUUUAAGAAGAAGUCUGUUCCCGACGAUGAAAAGGUUUCGCAUGUCACAGGUGGGUUCAUGGACGAGCUCGUCCGCAACUGGUACCUUAGCGACAGCGACACCAUCGACGCCCUGAAAUGGCCCGAUUUUGUUUCACUCAUGCAAAAGUGUUGGCUCAACAAGAACUGGGAGGACGCCGCCCUCCACCAGCUCAUAUGUCUCUGCCAAUGCGAUGAUGAGCCUUUCGAAGAUUGGAUCAUCUCCUUGGAGAAACAGAACGCUCUCCUCCGUGGCAGUCCUCUUCGCAUGGACACCGCCACCCAUGUGCACAUCUCUGCCAAUGCAUGCGAGGAGAUCUGUCUCGAAUGCAACAAACCUGUAUACCGUUCCCUCUCUGACUUCAAAGACUGGAAGGAUGCCAUCACUGCUUUUGACAACGAUCACCUUGCAGACUACUGCCCCACCUGGCAUAAUUCAAAGCUACGUGCCGUUCUCCCCAAGCUCACCGAUUCUGACCAUGCCCUCCUCGACAAAUACGAGGGCUGCUACAAAUGUCGCCGCUUCUUCAUCAAGUGCAAGAAGAACAACUGUCUGAAUGACUUCCCCGACGCAGCGACCUACCAGCCUCUUACUGCAGCCGCUGGAUUUGCUGCCAAGAAGGCCCACGACUCAGGUCGUUCUCAUGUCGCUGUGGUCACUGAUGGUGACAACAUUGACGAACAUCUCAUCACCGCUGUCAACGUUACUCCUGACUCGCCGCUUGCCGCUGCUUCCUGCGUCCUUGGCACUGGCGAUGAUUGGGUCUCAGAUGAGUACGUGCUCGCUGACCUCACCAUACCCCACCUUGUUUGUUCGCCCUCAGUUCUGAUUAGAGAUGACCUCGUCAAAUGCUACCACCUCUGCCGCUUCAAGCUCAAAACACCUUUCCCUCUUGAUCUUUUUCUGGAUGACCUUCCGCAUAUCGAUGAACUCCCAACAGAUGUAUACCACCACUUCCGCCUCAAGGAUCCUAACCUUGUAAUAGCUCGACGACAAUAUGAAUGCCCUAAGAAGUAUCGUGAAUCCUGGAAAAUUCUCUUACAACAGCAUCUCGAUGCUGGACGUAUGCAUCUGUCCUCCUCUCCAUACUCCUCUCCUUGCUUCCUCAUCCCAAAGGCCGACCCUACUGCUCUCCCUCGCUGGGUUAAUGACUACCGUAUCCUCAAUGCCAACACCAUCCCCGACAUCCAUCCCCUCCCUAGUAUCCAGGAAAUCCUGUCUGACUGCGGCCACAGAAAGAUUUGGGGUAAGCUUGACAUGACUAACUCUUUCUUUCAGACCCACGUCCAUCCGGACGAUGUCCCAUACACCGCGGUAGCAACCCCGUUUGGUCUAUAUGAGUGGACAGUCAUGCCCCAAGGUUGUCAGAGUGCACCGGCAACACACCAACGUCGUAUGUUCACUGCCCUUUGCCCUUAUAUCGGCUCGAUUUGUCAUGUUUAUCUCGAUAACAUCAUUAUCUGGUCAGACUCUUUGGAUGAACACCGCCGUAAUGUUGAGACUAUCCUGUUCGCACUGCGCUCACACCACCUCUACUGCUCACCGAAGAAGACUGACCUUUUCUGCCUCGAACUACAUUUUCUCGGCCACUGCAUCUCUCGUGCUGGCAUGGAAGCGGACGACUCUAAAGUUGACAAAAUCCUAUCUUGGCCUGUCCCUUCCUCCGCUUCUGACAUCCGCUCCUUUCUGGGUCUCGUCAAAUACAUCUCUAACUUCUUGCCUGCCCUCUCACAAUUCACACAUAUCCUUAACACACUCACCACAAAGGAAGCUGAACACAACUUCCAUUGGUCUUCAGCGCACCAAGACGCGUUCACUGUGAUCAAAUCGCUCAUCGUCAGCUGUGAAUGCCUCACUGUCAUUGACCAUCAGAACAUGGGCGACAACAAGAUUUUCGUGUGCUCUGAUGCAAGCGAUUGGUGCACCGGUGCUGUCCUGUCAUUUGGCCCCACCCUGGAAUCUGCUCGUCCCGUUGCUUUUGACUCCAUACAAUUGAAGGGCCCCGAACUCAACUACCCUGUCCACAAGAAGGAGCUUCUCGCCAUCAUGCGUGCUCUCAAGAAGUGGCAUGUAGAUUUGAUUGGUGUGCCUUUCACUGUAUACACUGACCAUCGCACUCUCGAGAAUUUUACCUUCCAGAAGAACCUAUCUCGGCGGCAGGCACGAUGGCAGAAGUUCCUCGCUCAAUAUGAUUUCAACAUUGUUUACCUCCGCGGUGAAGAUAACACAGUAGCUGACUCCCUUUCUCGGCUACCGCCCCCCCUCGCCCCACUUGCCCCCGAACUCACCCCAAUUGACCCUACAACAAUUGCAUCCCUCCCCCUCUUUUGGUGUGCAGCUCGUGGUCUGAGCUCGAUCUGUACGCCCCCACUCAUCCCUCCUUCGGACAUCUUCACACAUGUGGCAACAACGCACCUAUGUGUGGCAACUGACCCCGACUGGCUCACACGGAUCCAUGCUGGAUAUCACGAGGAUAAGUGGUGCUCAUGCCUGCUCCUUGAUCUUGCACACACUGACUCCAUAGACUCUGCUGCUGAACUUUUCACUGCCGGCAAACUCGAUGGUGAUCGCCUCAUCAUUCCUCGUGUCACUGACAUCUGCGAGGGCCUUUUCUGCCUCGCCCAUGACUCUCUUGGACAUUUCGGUUUUGACAAAUCUGUCGCCAUUGAUUUCAUCGGGCUCCUCCCGGAGGAUGAUGGCUUUAACUGCAUCGUCACCAUGAUGGACCGUCUAGGUAGUGAUAUCCGUCUCGCGCCAUCUCACACAGAUAUUUCCACUGAGGAUUUCACUGCCCUCUUCUUUGAGAAAUGGUACUGCGAGAAUGGCCUCCCUCUCAAUAUUGUCUCCGACCGUGACCAUCUCUUCAUCGGCUGCUUCUGGAAGGCUCUGCACAAACUAUCCAGUGUCAAACUUUGCAUGUCCACAUCCUACCACCCAGAAACUGACAGUUUCAGUGAGCAUUCCAACAAGACUGUCAUCCAGAUGUUACGGUACCACCUCAUUAAUUCUAAAAACGCUUCGACUGGUUUCACACCUUUCCAACUUAAUCACGGCCGCUCGGCUCGGGUUAUUCCCCCCAUCACUGAUGCCGCUGUCGGGACCAUCUCCACGAAAUUUGGCCUUGACGCCACCCAUGCCGCAGACCUCCUCAACCACAUGGAGCUGGAUGCUCUCGAAGCACGCAACAAUCUCAUUCUUGCUAAGUCCAACCAGAUGCUCACCGCGAAUUCCUCACGCUCUCCCGAGAUCGUCUAUUCUGUUGGCGACCAAGUCCUUCUUUCCACUUUCCAUUGUCGUUUUGCACCUAAUCAGAAGGCGUACAAGAUCUGGAUCCCUUCGAGGCACAAGUUUAUGGUAUCUCGAGAUGUUAUUGUCUACGAGAAUGUCCCAACAAUGCCCGAGGACGAUGACCAAAACCCUGCUUUGAGCGAGGGGGUGACUGCGAGUAAGUCCACUCAAAGCAAUAGUCCUGACAAGGCUGUUGGCAGAGAACCUUCCGCGACAUCACCACCACAUCCUCUAACUCCUCAGGCUUCGGCAUCACCAGCUCCAGCACCAAUCCCUACACUGCCCGAAAAUCAGCCAUCCACUGCAUCAGCACCCACUCCCGCCAGUACUCCCGCACCAGCGCCAAUGCCCACACCAGCUCCCACACCUCUCCGAUGUUCAGAAUGUGUCACGUGCCCAUCUUGGAUCAAGCAAGCUGCCGAGAAACAGCAGGCACAAGAACAGGUGAUGAAGACACACAACAAGGUGAUCAAGGAAGCACGCACACUGUGGAGACAAAUGAAGGUACAGGCGAGAACAGCUCCAGAACCCAUACCAGAGGACGCCACAGUCUCAACGACACCUGAAGGUGACAUUGCGCAAGUCGCCUAUAUGGCAGCAUUUGGCAUGAACAUGCCGAUGAAUUUCUGUGAGGUGACGAAGUGCUCGGAGGCCGAUAACUGGUGGACAGCAAUGCACGAAGAGAUCGACAUGCUGCAGAGGCAUGAAACCGGUGCGAAUUCCAUCCUGGCGAUCCAUGUUGACAAUACCCUCAGCUUCUCAGACUCAGCAGAGGAGCUCGCUUCUGUCCAAAAGCAGCUUCACAGUAUCUUUGAGAUGAAGGAGGAGGAUCCCAACUGGUUGAUGGGUUUCGAACUCAUUGACAAUCCCCAGGAAUGUACUGUCUCCAUCUCGCACUGCCAGUACAUCUCCACCAUUCUCAGACACUUCAAAAUGGAGGAUUGCAUUCCUGUACCAACCCCCAUGGAGUCCAGUCUGCACCUCUCAGUUCACGAUGCACCAUUGACACUGGAGGAGAUCGUGGAGAUGAAGAAACAGCCAUAUCGCAAACUUGUUGGCACCCUGACCUGGAUCUCAGUCAUCUCACGCCCUGAUGUAGCAUUUGUCAGCACGCACCUCGCGCAGUUUAACACCAAUCCCGGCAAGAGGCAUUGGGAAGCUGCAAAAUGA